GCGACUUUCCGGCUUUUUCUGCGGUCCUGUCAGAUUAGUAAACGGAGCAGGAGGCAAAUGGCUAAAAUUGAGCUGACACCGCUCAGACCGUGGGACGACUUCUUCCCCGGAUCGGAAAGAUUCGCUAAACCAGAUGUGAAAGAUUUGGCGAAAUGGAACAACAGAGUUGUCAGCAACCUGCUUUAUUACCAAACAAAUUAUUUGGCUUUGGCCAUCGUUGUUUUCCUCAUUGUCGGGUUCCUGAACCCUCUGGGGAUGUUCACAGCCAUGGCCGUGGUGUCGGGGGUCUUCCUGGGUUCAGUGUGGGCCGGAGACAACAGAGCUGUGAUCAACAACUUUAAGAGGCAGAAUCCCACAGCGUUUGUGGUCGCUGUCAUGGUCGCCAGCUACAUCGUAAUCUCUAUGCUGGGGAGCGUCAUGGUGUUUAUGUCUGCAAUCACUUUACCUCUGGCUUUGAUAUUUGCACAUGCUUCAUUUCGCCUCCGCAACAUAAAGAAUAAACUGGAGAACAAGAUCGAAGGAGCCGGACUGAAGAGGUCACCCAUGGGCAUUUUGCUGGAGGCUCUGGGUCAGCAGGAGGAGAACUUUCAAAAGAUCCAGAGCUUUCUGGAGGGAAAACUGAAGGAAUGAUUGGACUGUGUUCUUCUUUUGGCCAAAGAUCGUGACUUGAAUGUAACACAAUUCUGAAUCUCUGUCUAAACCUCUUAAAGUAUGUUUCAUAUACAGCGUGUUCACCCGUGUGUUUUGAAAAGAAAGCUUGUAAUCUGAAGGGCUUUAUCUUUACCUCAGGGUAUCUGUCACUCAACCCAGAACUUGUCAGGGUAUUUUUCUUAAACAGUGAUGAGGGCAUCUCAGUGCUGCUUCACAUCUCUGCUAUGCAAUGUGUCAGUGUUCCUGUGCAACACAGCUGAGGUAUGAAAUCUGUGUUUAAUCAGUCUUAGAAACAGCCGUCAGUCCUGCCAGUUUACUCUCAACUAAAAUUGUGAAAGCAACGCAAGUGUUGCUUUGUAACAAAGAAUAAAAAAAAAAAAAGUGCACACUCAACACACAUCAUUGCCAAGCUACUCUAAAAGCUGGAUUGUUUCAAGUUUCUGAAUAAUGUCUACUCACAGAAAAUUUAACAGUUUAUUUAAGUAUGCAUUUGAAUGGAAACCAACCAACCUCAUGUUCACGCAAAUAAAAUGAGCCAGACAAAAGUGAAA